AUGUAUUUUGCUGACUGGUGCUGGCCCAUGUGUUACCAGAGCUCCUUCAGUCAACCGAGGUGCUGGUGGUCCCACCUACCUGGCCUUCGCUACAUCCACAAGGCUUGUCAGACGAAGUGCGCAAGCGGCUCGGAAAAUUUGGGGCAAUUAUCGAUUCAGCGGAGGCCCCGCCGACAGGGAGACCCGUGCAUCAAGGACUGCAGCCCGACACGCUCUGGGAAAGCUUUGAGCAGAUGUGAGUGCUUGCUCUUCAAUAGCGCCUGUAUUGCCUCAGCCCACCACCGUCCGGACCACCAUUGGCGACCACUACUCCCCGCAACCCUGCACCUACUCGUUCCUUGACCAGUCCCUAUACGAUCAAAACCCUCCGGCGCUUCAUCAAUGGGAUCCGCUACCCUUGUUGGACGAAGGCGUAAGGCUAUAAGGACCAAAAAAAUAUCACAAAGGCGCAGAAGCAAUAGUUCUGGCUCUGGCUCAUCGAAAACGCGGUCAAAAAGGACGUUCAACGGAAGCUGAUCUAUGGAGUGACACUAACAUGCGUUCUUCUCACCACGGGCACACUGCUUCCGAUGGGUGUCCACAUUGCGGUGAGCGAGACACUUUCAUGCACUUCUACUCUAUUUGGGACCAUUCACGUGAGUAUUCGCGCCUGAUCUUGUAGCUGCUGAGCGUUGCGCUUGGUCAGGCAGAUGACGUCCAGCCCGGCGAGGUUGAGUCUCCUCACAUCAUGCUUGGCGACUCUCGGACUCCAUCGUCGUUCGAGUCGUUCUUGCAAUCGCUUUCAACAAGCUCUACCUUGCUCGAUGGGAUCGGCACAAAGAGUCAGAUCCAACUACCAACCCCAUACUUGCUUGCUCGCGAGGUUAGCUCGCAUUUCAAAUGUCGACUGCGAGGUCUGCCAGACGGCGAGCUUCUGAUGGGUAUGGAGCUUGGGAGUUUCGGUUUCGAAAUUCCUUCAUUCUAUCUCUCUCUCUAUAUAUAG